UCUGGCUCACAGCGCUCCGCGCAUGCGCAGGUGAUCAACGACUCCUGUGGCCGCGUUGUUCGGGCUUCCCCAGCCACAGCUCCGGGUCUGCUCCUCCUCCCGGCGGCGGCGGCGGAGGCGGAGGCGGUGUUGUUGUGGCGGCGGCGGCCGGCUGCCGGUCAAGUCCAAGCGCCUGACCCUGCGCGCCGCUGCUGCGGGGCUGGACCGACCGAGGCGCCUCGCCGCAGGAUUACCUUAUUUUUGGAAAUCAAGUGCAAUAUUGAAAACAAACCACUGCAUUAUUGGAAGCCAUUUCUGCUAAUUUAUUUGCAUUUUUAAAAUUUAUGAUUUGAUUUGACUACUAUCAUGGGAGGAGCUGUGAGUGCUGGGGAAGAUAAUGAUGAUUUAAUUGAUAACUUAAAAGAAGCUCAGUAUAUCCGCACUGAAAGAGUGGAGCAAGCCUUUAGAGCAAUUGACCGUGGAGAUUACUAUUUGGAAGGCUACCGGGACAAUGCAUACAAAGACUUAGCCUGGAAGCAUGGGAACAUACACUUGUCAGCACCUUGCAUUUAUUCUGAAGUUAUGGAAGCAUUGAAACUUCAACCCGGAUUGUCUUUUCUUAACCUGGGAAGUGGAACCGGAUAUUUAAGUACAAUGGUGGGCUUAAUUUUAGGUCCUUUUGGAAUAAAUCAUGGAAUUGAGCUUCAUUCAGAUGUGGUGGAAUAUGCCAAGGAAAAACUGGAGAGCUUCAUCAAAAAUAGUGAUAGCUUUGAUAAAUUUGAGUUCUGUGAACCUGCAUUUGUGGUUGGUAAUUGCCUCCAGAUAGCAUCUGACAGUCAUCAGUAUGAUCGAAUUUACUGUGGAGCAGGAGUCCAGAAAGACCAUGAAAACUACAUGAAAAUAUUAUUAAAAGUUGGAGGCAUCCUAGUCAUGCCUAUAGAAGAUCAGUUAACACAGAUUAUGCGAACUGGACAGAACACUUGGGAAAGUAAAAAUAUCCUUGCUGUUUCAUUUGCUCCACUUGUGCAACCAAGUAAGAAUGAUAAUGGGAAACCGGAUUCUGUGGGACUCCCCCCCUGUGCUGUCAGGAAUCUACAAGACUUGGCUCGUAUUUAUAUUCGACGCACACUUAGAAAUUUUAUAAAUGAUGAGAUGCAAGCCAGAGGGAUUCCUCAAAGAGCUCCACCCAAAAGGAAAAGAAAGAGAGUUAAACAGAGAAUUAACACUUACGUAUUUGUGGGUAAUCAGCUAAUUCCUCAGCCCCUAGACAGUGAGGAGGAUGAAAAAAUGGAAGAAGAUAACAAAGAAGAGGACGAGAAAGAUCACAGUGAAUCCAUGAAACCUGAGGAACCACCUCAGAAUUUACUGAGAGAAAAAAUCAUGAAGCUGCCCCUCCCUGAAUCUUUAAAAGCUUACUUGACAUAUUUUAGAGAGAAGUAACUUAGAUCAAGAAGAAAGAAAGAAUAGCUACUGAUUAUUCCUUUAGUUUUGAACAUGUAGCAUUUGGUAGAAAUUAAAGUCUUUCAUCAGAGCAAAUUAUAGUGAAAAUAAAAAGCUUAAUUUGUUUCUGUCUUAGUAAUAAAAAUGAUGUAUUCAGUGAUUUAAAAGAAUUCCUUUUAUACAAUCUAUUUUUUUUUAAAUCUUGGAACAAUUGCUGUUUUAAAUCAGAGUGACUUCAAGAGUGGAAAUGCAACAAUAGUCAAGAUUUUGUGUACUGUAAAACUUUUUCUGAUUCCUUACAGAUUUGUUGUGAUGAGGGUUAGAUUUAAUUUUACAUAACAUUAGAUAAUUGUUAAGCUUAUGUACUCUGAUUUGAAUUGCAGUUGUCUGCAUUUCUUUGAUGAAAGUUUUCUUACCUAAUAAGGAAUUCAAAUGCUUUGUAGAUCCACUUACCUUACUUUGUUGUAAUCACUAUUGCUGAGUUGAUAUAGAUGUUAUUCCGGGCAAUAUGGGUGCAAUAACAAUACAGACAUUGAAGAAUUUAGCUUUAAAAAAGGAUAUUUGAUGGAAUUCAACAGCACUGCUACUUUUGCUUUUGAAUCUGUUGCCAAAAGGUCUGGAGAAAAUGUCUGCUUCUCUCAUAGAGAUUUUAAGAGCACAUCAAGUAAAUAUUAAAGUAAAGCAAGUAUACACUUUAUACACUUAAUGUAGUCCUUAAUUUGUAUGGACUCUGCAUUUUCAGUAUUUAAAAAUAAUGAGGUUAUAUUUCCUGGAGUUUUAGAAGGUGACAUAUUUAGAAUUUUUUUCUAUAGUCCUCUGUUUAAGAAAAAUACUAGGCUUAAAAAAUCCAUUUUCUAUGUGAUUGUUGAUAGCACAGUGAGUAAAAUAGGCAUGAUAGUUUAGUCACUCUGGGGUGACUGAAGUAGGUGGACCAGCAUAAGUUUGGUCAGCAGUUGCACUUUAGCAAAUGGAAUUUCUAGUUCAUCAGAAUAUCUGUCUAUGACAUGGUAGGACUGAGCUAGCCAACAUUUGCUUUGAAAUUCAGUUUUGUUUAGUAUAAGAAAUAUUCACAGAAAUUAUAUGUAGAUGCCUUUUGCUUUAGAAAAUUCUGUUCAGAAUUAUAGUGUAAACUUUGGGACCUGUGUUGUAUUUAAUUUCUUCCCAUACUGUUUUAUUUCUUUGGGUAAAAUUAUAAUGCUUUCUUUUCAUCAUUAUUAUUAUUUGCUUAAUAUCAAUACUUAUAUUACCAUUUGAAAUUAGUUGUAGCUGAUGAAAUAGCACAUGCCACUAUUAGUGUCUUUUCUUCCUGCCAUGACCUGAAAACUGUCAUUCCUUGUUAAUAAAGUAUAUGGUAUGGCAUAUUUACUACUGUUACAUGGAUAAUAUAUUUUUUAAAGGAGAAAAGUGAGAACGACUUACUACCACCAGCAUCCCUAUUUUAGUUGUCGAUGAGUUAGGCUUAAGUAACCCAGUUAUUGUGUAGUGAAAUUAUUACUCUCUCUCUGCUAAGAUACAACCAUUGCUAACUCAUAAACAGUUUAUACAAUCUUAGCACUUCUGAUUCCACACAUCUAAAAACAAAUGCUUGAACUAUUCUAAGCAUGGAUUAGCCCAAAUAAGUAAUAAUAUUUUAAAAAUGUGAAAGAUAAUUUUGUGGAAGGGUUUUACUUAAGAGCAGUGACUGGAUUUAGGGAUCAGGCAUAGAAGGGCAUCUCUGUUAUUCUUAGAUGGUUACUCGGUUGUUUUUAGUAAAUAUUCCAUCUCAUUGCUGUCAUAAAAAAAUGUCACAUGGUUGUCAUUUGUUGAGAUGUUCAACUUAUUUUGAACUAACCAUUUUAGGAAAUCUGAGGAGAGUUAUUUUAUCUGCAUUGUCCACUUAUGUUGUUACAGUUGGUGUCCAUAUAUGUAAACAUUGCAUAUUCUUAAGUGAUUUUACUAUUUACCAUAGAGUUUUCUUCAGGAUAUAUUUGAAAAUUGGCUUUUUUCAUAUCUUCUCUCGUUCUGUUGACUUUAGCAAAGUGUACAAUAGAUUUUCAUAAUUGAAUAUUUUGUUACUGUGUUUUUAAAUGCAUUCAUUUUACAGUUGUGACUUUAUUACUGACUUUAAAUAAAUAGAAAUGAAAAGUGGAAAUUCAAAUGAAAGCCCUUUUACACACCAUUGGGGAUAUUUUAGAAUAAAAGUAUUUUGGGUUUGUGUUUAUUUUUUAAUGAAUUCGUGCUUUCUUGAGUAUGGAUACUUCUCUUUGUAGGUGGAUAAGUAGCAAAGGUGAAGUAACAUUAAGUAAAAAUGAUGAGAAAUAUAUUCAUGGAAUAUUAAAGUUAGAUUACACAGUAGUCUUUUAUUUUACAAUGAGAAAGUACAUCUAGGAAGGUGGACUGAAUUUUCUUGAAGGAACCAGCUAGCUUGAAGCAGCUUAAAAUACUAUCCAACAUCUCAGUCUCAAGAGAUAGUCAACACCACCAUAAACACCAAAAGUAAUGUAAAAUUAACACUGCUUAUUGGUGAUAUAUGUUUCUAGUAUUAGUAAAGAAAAAAGUCAGUAAAAUAGUAUACUUAGUGGUUAGAAGAAAAUACAAAGAAAUGUAAGUGAUGGUUUUUAGCUGUUUGAGACGAUAAAAGUGAACCGAAACAUGUUAAAUUAUAGGAAGACUUGAAAAUUAUUUUAAAUAAAUGGUUGCAUAUAACUAA